GCUCUUUUCUGUUACGCUCAGCUGAUCACUGACCACUGGUCACUGGCCACUGGCCACUCUUAUCGCCGGUUGAUCUCCUCGCACUUUCCUUAGCUCGCUCACUCGAGGAGGAGCUGGAUCAUCGCCAUUGCUCUCUGCAUACUGCAGCAAGAAGUGACAUCUUCUUUCCCUUUCUCGAUCUUGCUUUCUUCUCCUUAUUUCGCUUUUUUCUCGCCCCUCCCGUUCGAAAAAUGUGAACUUUUAAAGCAGAAUGUGAGAGAACAAAGCUGCAAUAGAGCCCUAAUUCUUUCGCUUUGGGAGCAGAAUGAGAGAGGGCGAAGCUCCAAUCAAGCCCUAAAUCCAGACACCCUCCUUCCUCUGCGCCUCGAUGGACGAACCUCAACGGCGAGGAGGCGGCGGCGGCGAGCUGCUGUCCAAGAAGAUCGCUUGCGCCACCUACGCCGACGUCAACCGAGGUACGCCGAGGUACUCUACCCGGCUGGAAGACUACGCCGAGAUAUUCGGCGAUGUCGCUGGUGCCUGCUCCAUCCCCUUCCUCGACCUUCCCCCAGCCCUGAGCUGCCGGGUUGCUGAUCCGGGCUCCGGGGGCUUUGACUACUCUGAGGUGUUUGGAGGCGUGGAUUUCGGAAAGUUUGCUACGCCGUUCGAGGAGUUGGUCGCGGUGGCGCCGACGAGGGAGGAUCCAUCUUCUUCAGAUGGAAGAAGGACUAAAGGGGAAGCAGCCAACGACCGGCAGGCUAUGGGAGAACUUUUCUCGACGAGGCAUUCGAAUGGAGGCCUAAUGGCAUCUAGACAUUGUGAUCCUCUGCCAUCAGAAUUCAACCAUUCAGGAUAUGUUGCCACAGAGUUCAAUUUGUCGAAUAAGAAGACUACGAACCGAAAGAAAGAAGGGCAAAGGAAUGGAACAGUACAGGCAGAAACUGGGGAACAACAGAAGAAAAUUCCAGUCUCAGUUUCGAGCAAGCAUUUAAGAAGUUCAGAAAAUCACUCGGGAACAGACAAUUGUAACUCAUGCUCUUCCGGAGGUUCCAUAUCGAGUGGUGAUGCAUCUUCCUCUCGCAAAGCGUAUUUGACCGUUUGUGACAUCAGUCUUAGAACACAACCAUUACGAAUGCCACCACCAUCGAGGCCGCCUCCGAGGUUAGUUGAGAAAGAGGGAUAUCCUAAAGCAAGAAUAUUUUCAAAUCUCAAAGGUAGUUUGGAUGGAGAAGGUCUUCGUGUGGAUGAAGAGGUCGAGAAGGGGAAUUCUCGUAGUUUCCUUGAUGUGAAGGUUGAUGUUAGUUCAUCUACUGCAGUUAUUCAAGAAGCAAUGGAACUAGCUCAAGCUAAACUAAAAGGUACAAAAGAGUUGAUGGAGAGGAGCGACUUGAAAUCAUCUUGGCUAAGUAAAUCGGCAGAUAAAUCAGAGAAAUGGAAGAUCAAUAAAGAAUACCACGAAUUGGUAAAUACUGAAAAUUUUGAAAUGGCUGAAGAAGUCUCUGAGGAGGAGGAGGUUUCAAUGAAGAAAGCAAAACUGGCGACGAUGAUCUCUGAAGUCGAACAAAAUAAGAGCAUGCAGGAUACAUUAUCCUAUGAAAUUGAAAGCAAUUGGAAAUUGAAAAAAGAUAUUGUAGCUCCGGUGGCUUGUGCUCGUGAAGAAAAUGCUAACUUCGAAACCCAUGAUAUAGAUCUCGAAGAAGUUGCGACGCAAGGAGUGGUUCAGAAGUUUGAAGUACAAUAUGCCAGUGAAAAGGUUCAUUUGUUUUCAGGAAGUGAAAAGAAUGUGAAUGGCAAUUCAGUGCUUGACUAUGUUCUUUGUAAUAAACGAGGUAAGAACAAAUUAGACUCUCUAGAUGCGUGUAGAGGUGAAAACUCUUCUAAUUUUGUCGAGAUUAAUGUGGAAGAGGAGAUCAAAGAGGAGAAAUGGAAAUCAGCAACAGCUGUUCAUGAAGCAGACAUUCAAGUUUCUUGUCGAUCAUGCAUAUCAAAAGUUGAAAUGGAGAAAACAGCCCGAAUGCGUGAGCAGUUGUCGGCAACAGAAUUAAAUAGGAACAGUUUAUCAGUAGAAAGUGAUUUAAGAGCUAAGGUAGAUCGAGAAGUUUAUACAGACGAAGAAGCUUGGAAGGAUAAUAGAUCAGCAGUUGGAGCAACAACAUGCAAAGAACAAGAUUGCAAGGGACAUACAACAAAACAAGCUCAAAAUGAACUCGUGCAGUCAUGCAAUCUUGAAAAGUUUGAAGGUCAUAAAAUGGACGGAAGACAUCUCUGGAAUAUUGGAAUUGAAGAUACUAUUGAAAUUCAAGUUGAACCUUACUUUAUGGAUAAAUAUAUGUCUGUCAAUGGAGUUCCGGGGGUUAGUGCAGGGCCUCUUAACGAUACCGCAGACGCUCUUAACACUGAUUUGCUUGGCCAUCCAACUACUUUAUCAGACUUGUCUAUGUUAUCAAUGAAAAGCGAAGACAAAGAAAUAGAACAAAUGGAGAAGGAACUAGAGGAAGUGGCAGAAGAAGAAAAGGAAAAGGAAAUACUACAAGAAGAAAAAGAGAACAUAGUGUUGCUGCAGAGUAAAUUAGUGGAAGAUAUGCGUAACGUAGGGUUAUUCGAAGAAAGAUCAGAAAUGGAAGAAAAGAAAGAGAGGGAAGUAAAUUUGAAAGAAGAAAAAGAACAAGCGAGGUUGAUGGAAGAAAGUAACGACUCUGAACAAGCAAAUGGGAACCAGAAAAAUUUACAAGAGGAGAUAUUACUAGUAGAAGCAAAAGAGAGGGAAAGGAAACUAGAAGAAGAGAAAGAGAGAGCAAAGCUUGUAGAAGAACAAAAGGAGAGGGAGAGGGAAAGAAAAAAGGACAGAAUUGCCAUAGAAAGACCAUUUGCUGAAGCUACAGAGAGAGCUGAAAGGAUUGCUGUGGAUAAGGUCACCACUGGCUCAAGUAAAGUCAAGGAGAAUGCUUCUUAUGAAAGUUCUGAAAAAACACUAACAGAGAAUGCCUCUAGAGAUUCUAAAUUAACGACCGAAUGUGCUACAGAUGAGUGGGCUACUGCAGAUGCCAGAGAAGAUUCUGAGAGGGAUAAUACCAUGUCGAGGGACAAAUUUAGAAUGGAUAUUGCAGAAGAGCAUUUACAAGACGACGAUAAGGAUGGACAUGAUGCACAAUUUGGAAAUACUGGUUCUUCAAAAACAUGUCUGGUAAACUCAGAUUAUCAAGCAGGUGAAGGUGAAUCAGUUUUAAGGUGUAAAGCUCGACAGGAGAGACAUCAGCGAAUAGCUGCACGUGCUGCCAAAGCUCUUGCAGAAAAGAACAUGCGAGAUGUGCUUGCUCAAAGAGAGCAAUCAGAAAGAGAUAAAAUGGCAGAGAACCUGGACGCUGAUCUCAGGAGAUGGUCCAAUGGAAAAGAAGGAAAUUUGCGUGCAUUGCUAUCGACACUACAAUAUAUCCUCGCCCCCGAGAGCGGUUGGCAACCUAUUCCAUUGACAGAAGUUAUUACAGCCUCAGCAGUGAAGAAAGCUUUCCGGAAGGCUACUCUUUGUGUUCAUCCUGAUAAAUUGCAGCAACGGGGUGCCAAUAUCCAGCAGAGGUACAUCAGUGAGAAAGUGUUCGAUCUUCUUAAGGAAGCUUGGAACAGAUUCAACUCAGAAGAAAGGUAGUGACAGAAAUGAAAAAGGUACAAAUUUGCCUUCAAUCUUUCAGUGGGAAUGUCGCGAAAGGAAGAAUGGUACAUUUAGAAAGAGAAUAUCAGAUUUGUGAUGUCUCUGUGAACAUUUUUCUAGCAAUGUAUUCAGAUGUAAAAUUUGUAGUAAUUCUCAAAGAAAUUCUUCACUAGAGUUUCAAGCUCCUUCCUUUUGUAAUGUUAUUCUCAAACAGUUUGAGAAAUUGGCUCUGCCUUUGUUGUUGUAAAUUUAAUGUGCAGGAUUAGUGAUCCUACCUAAGAAACAUAA